AUGACGACGUUUGCAUUCGCUACUUCCAUCCAACAACAAUCUCUCAAGAAUGAGUCUGUCGCCAUUUUCCGAAGUAUCCUCAUCCAGGAAGUCAAUGAUUUGCCAAGCCCUUCCCAGGACAUAUUCUCAGCGUUGAAAGCGGCAGUAGAUGUCGAAGAGCUGGUUACUGCAUGUAUAUCAACAGUAUCACUGCAAACACGGAGUGACAUUGCAACGCACAUCAAUGCCUUGGUGUGUCUUGGACGUCAGUUCUCACCGUGUUCAUCCGAUUGCCCGGGUUUACGAGAUUCUAUCCUGUCUGUCGGGACUCAUCUAUCAACGAGACUCGGCCUUGUACAUGAAGGCUUGUGCUGUCCAGCUGACAGGUACUGCGGGUAUAUGAAGGUGUCGUGUCGGCAUUUCGAAGCGGACAGCGAUGCUUCCUUUACUCACUACUAUGGUCUAACGCCGGAGAUACUGACUGCCAAUCCAGUACCUGAUGCGUCACGAUCCCGCGAAGCAGAGCCAGGAACACUCCAGACAUCGGUACCAGGUUACAACGGGAAAAUUAAUCAACAGUACGGAUACUAG